GGGGGGUGUCCAUCCGAAAGCUGCUCCAGAGUGUCUCAGUAGUCUACAUCCUCACAGCGGGUCCUGUCCUCCUGUCUGUCUACAUCCGGAUAACCAAGUCCUCUUCUCUGCUCUGCUGAGAGCCAGGCAAGGCAACCAUGGAGGCUAUCAAGAAGAAAAUGCAGAUGCUGAAGCUGGAUAAGGAGAACGCGAUAGACCGGGCAGAACAAGCAGAGGUUGACAAGAAGGGAGCCGAGGACAAAUGCAAACAGCUGGAGGAGGAGCUGCUGGGCCUGCAGAAGAAACUCAAAGGAGUAGAAGAUGAGCUGGACAAAUACUCUGAGUCUCUGAAGGAUGCCCAGGAGAAGCUGGAGCAAGCAGAGAAAAAGGCUGCGGAUGCGGAGGCAGAGGUGGCGUCUCUGAAUAGACGCAUCCAGCUGGUGGAAGAGGAGUUGGACCGAGCUCAGGAGAGGCUAGCUACUGCUCUACAAAAGCUGGAGGAGGCAGAGAAAGCUGCAGAUGAAAGCGAGAGAGGAAUGAAGGUGAUAGAGAACAGAGCAACAAAAGAUGAAGAGAAAAUGGAAAUCCAGGAGAUGCAGCUGAAGGAGGCCAAACACAUUGCUGAGGAGGCGGACCGUAAAUAUGAAGAGGUUGCACGUAAACUGGUGAUUCUGGAGGGAGAUCUGGAACGCUCAGAGGAGCGCGCUGAGGUGGCUGAGGCUAAAUCAGCUGACCUUGAGGAAGAAUUGAAAAAUGUCACCAACAACUUGAAGUCCCUGGAAGCCCAGGCUGAGAAGUACUCACAAAAAGAGGACAAGUAUGAAGAAGAGAUUAAAGUGCUUACAGAGAAGCUGAAGGAGGCUGAAACCCGGGCAGAGUUUGCAGAAAGGUCUGUGGCUAAGCUGGAGAAAACCAUUGAUGAUCUAGAAGACGAAGUGUAUGCUCAGAAGCUGAAGGGCAAGGCUCUCAGUGAGGAGCUGGACCUGGCCCUCAACGACAUGACUACACUGUAGGAGCUUCCUCCCUUCCUCUUCUCCUCUUUUGCCUCUCCAUUUUCCCCUGUUGCUUUGCUGGUCUCUUCUUGUUCUGCAGAAUUGUUAUUGGCUGGAAGAUUUCUAAACACAAUGCAGUAAAUUCAGGCUUUAUUCCUCUUUCUACUCUUUUUUUCCUUUUAACUUACAGCCUCUUUCACUACUACCUGUCCUGAGGUCUGGAGUUAAUGUCAUUCAUAUUUAUUUAAAUCUUCUUCCCCCUCCUUUCUGUAAUAAAACUUUUUAUUCUUCUCAAA